ACCCUCCUUGGGACACACCUGACCUAGUUGUGCAAAACAAGUAAGCAGAGCAGAUCCCAAACAUUGUAAACAGGAAUUAUGCUAAGACAAACCUGAGAAGGCAAGAAGCUUACUGUUUGUUGUUAAAGGUUUAGAGGGGGUGGCAAGCAAUGUUGUGUAUAACACCAAAGGUUUAAUGAAAAGAUUCCAAUCCCCCUCUGUGCCAUGACCUCUGAAGAUUUUAAAGUAUCUUCUUUGCCAAAAAGCCUAUUAAUACUACCUCCUCAUUAUUUUACUUGUUUUGUAUUUGAUAUAUGAAUGUACAUACAUCCAAACCAGAGUUAAUCAAAUCAACAUCGUUUUGAAUUAUCUUUGUUUUCCAGUCAUGACAGAACCAUCAUAUUCAUAUGGCCGACAAAUUUUCCGCUUCAGACUUCCUUGGAUGUACAACCCAACACAGGCUGCUAUCCGUGCUCCUUCUGAACCCCAAACAACAGCACCGUUGGAACCACUACCACGAACGAACACCACUACAAUCCCCAUUCAGCAACGUCCUUCUGGAACUCCAGUUCCCACGCCAUCACUACCACCGACUCGAUCCCAACUUAAUCCUCCAGCAGCUUCGCCAAUGAGGAGUGUGUCUCAGCCUCCACCACCAUCACCAGUGAGGAGAGUACCCCAGCCUCCACCACCAUCACCAAUGAGGACUGCGCCUCAGCCUCCACCACCAUCACCAAUGAGGACUGCGCCUCAGCCUCCACCACCAUCAGCAACCCCAUCCCAAUCCAGAGCAACACAAAUGCCUUCUCAAUCAGGUGUCCAACCUCAGACCGCCUCAUCAUCAUCAUCCCAGUCACAAUCAGAAUUACAGACUCAAACAACCCCUCCUCGACUACAAGCAGCCGCAUCUCAGCCACCAACCUCAUCUAGGACUCCAGUUUCCGCGCCUUCACUACCUCCACCUCAACCCCAAGUUAAACCUCCAGCAGCUUCACCAAUGUGGACUCAGAUUCAGCCUCCAACACCAGCACCAUCCACGACCCCAUCUCGAACAACACAAAUGUCUCCUCAAUCACUCGGCCAACCUCAGACCGCCUCAUCAUCAUUAUCCCAGUCACGAUCAGAUUUACAAUCUCAAACAACCCCUCCUCGACCACAAGCAGCUGCAUCUCAGCCAGCAACCACAUCUAGAACAACAAUUCAACUACGAAUACCUCCAUCUAAAGCAACAGCACUCACUUCUCAGCAACCUUCUUCACCAAAAACAAAUGCCAAGCCUUCAUCACCUUCUCCAACUACCAGCCCUCCUAAAACACCCAAAACCCCACCUAGGACAGAGUGUUCUACAUCGAAAGUGGUUUCUCAGCCUCCACCCUCUCAAACAACCACAACUAAGACACAAUCCUCAUUAACAUCUCCAACACCUGCCCAGCGCUCAACACCACCAACUCGAGUAGCCUUGAAACCUCAGUCUCCUGCAAAGUUAGCCUCUCAACCACCUGCAAAGACAUCUUCACCUCCAACAACUUCUCAAGGAGCAACUCUUCAAGCCUCCUCCCGCGUCUCACCAUCUCCAGUGAAGCAAAAAAACCUUCAGUCACAAGCUCAAGUCUCCUCUCAGUCCCCGCCACUAUCCAAAUCAUCAUCCAGCAAGGCCGCUAAAUAUGAACCAGCACUCUCUGUUCCGCUUGCAAUGAAAUCUCAGCCUCUGGCAGAAGUUUCUUCGGUUCCUGCCUCUCAAACCCAUAAACAAGCAAGCUCUGGACAGAAUAAGACACAAUCUCCACGAUUUUCAACUAUGCCUGCUGUAGUUGCACCCACGCCUCCAGAGAAACCUGCCACACAACUACCAAAGUCUUCUCUUAUUCCAGCUGAUCUUAAAGAGCAACCAAAUUUUAAAACAGAAACUGAAGAAGAGAAACAAAAGACAGAAUCAUCCACAGGUGAAAAGAAAACCAUCACUGGGGAUGUAGAGGAACCAAAGGUAAAGAGCAGUAUUGAGUUUCCCAACACGGCAACAGAUUAUGAACAUCGUGGCUUACCCAGAGCUGCUGCAUCUCAAGUAAGCUCAAACCAGUUAAGUAAACAAGCACAUGUAGAUGAAAAUGGAAAGACACAGUCUAGCAAAAUGUCAUCGGUUAUCCCAGGAAAGGGCUUGAACACAACUAAUGAACCUCACCCAAGGCCUUCAGUAUCCCAAGGAGAAAAAACUUCGCUGCAGAAAGAGAUCAAGGACGACAUUUCAAGGUUUGUCCACAAGCUUGGCUCUGGUCAUGAAAUGCAACCUACGGAGCCUGUAAGUGUUAUAACCUUAACUGGUGAAAAUAAAGGAGCUUCAAUGCAGGUAGGUGCUGAAUCGGAAAGAAAAGAAAGCUCUGUCCCCAUUAACAGGGGAUACAAGCUGAACCAUGAUGACAGCACCGAUUUGACCACUGAUGGGGAGGGCAGCUCCAAAGGAAGAAAAACAAGUAAUUCAAAAGAAAAUACUGAGAGUUUAGCAUAUAUCAACAGCAAUGUUCAGAGUAUCAACAACUCGCUCAUUUUUAACAGUUCAAUUAGUGAGAGGAACCCUGGAGUUAAGUUUGCCUCCGAAAGCAGCAAUAUUGAUCCCGUCAAAACAAAUGGUAAAGAGAAGUCAGUUGAAGCACACAAAGCAGAUUUUAGUGUAACACAGUCUCAGAAGCUCACAUAUGAGCCUACAAUAAGAAGAAGAUGUCUAAGAGGCCUCUUUUUGGAACCAGAGUCUGAUCCAGACAACCCUGACAAACCUCGGCGUCAUGGUUGUCGUUACAACUGCAAAGAGAACGAAAAGUGCAAUGACAACAAGAAUGGAGGUUCUGAGAUUUGGUAAAAAACAGGCUACAGCUGAACUUUGCAGUCUACUAUCUGCACGAGUACUAGAAACAUAAAUUUGUACCUAAUAAUAUUCUUAAUAAAUUACAAUAAUCUAAACAUGAUGAAUGCCUAACCAAAUCUAUUCAAGCAUGUGAUAUUUGGUGUCUGGCAAAUGCCAAGGAUUAGAGAAGCAUAUUUUGGCA